GUGGAGGCUUGGCGGACCUAGGCAGCUGAGGAGGUGGUGCUUGUAUUAGCUGCCUUGUCCCAGUCCUCUACAGACACGAUGGUGGCUUUGCAGAAGAAGCAAUCCUUGUUGUUCAUCAGGUGCUGGUUGAUGCAGGCUCUACAACAGGGGAGGGAAUGAAGACUCCUGGAUGUUCCUACUGCCCCUUCCCAAAGCCCAUGGGCCCCACUUACUUGCAUGACUUGUGUCCACAGGGCUGGAACACAGCAGAGAUAGGGUGGGCAUAACAGAUUGGGCAGAGGUCCUCCUCACUGGUGGGCUGCAGGGAGGGGAGUGAGGGUGUUGGGGUUGGAUAUGCUCUGCCUAUAUUGGUGUGCACACGUGUAUUCAAGUAGUGUGGGCUGUGCUGUGGCUUCACUCACCAGGGAUGCAGCUGCUGCCUGGGCAGAUGCAAAGGUCAGAUGUGUCAGCAUCUGUUCCACCUGUGCCAGCUCCUCAGCACUGAUAUAAUCUGUAUCUGGAUUAGUGGUAGGUGGUGUAAGGCCAGAUGUAGCCCUAGAAUCUGUUGCCUUUUCAAUAUUCCCAGCUUGGGGAUUUGCUGUUCUUGAAGGUCCUGAUUUCAGCCAGUCCCAGAGCUUUUCCCUUACCCAUCCCUGGCCGACUUACAGCUCUGCAGGGAGAAGCGCUUCCGGUCUGGGGCAGGCAGGACAGUGCCAGGUGCUGGGGGCUCUGGCUGCCCCAGGAGAUAGCAUAUGGAGCGGAGCUGGAAACAGGGGUCAGCUAGGAGCACUGAUGUGGCUCUCUCUGUCCUAGGUAGGGAGGGUGUAUAGGUAAUCAUAAGACUUGGGGACUGUCUGUAAGGGAUAGUGUGACAGUCCAAACCUUGCAUUAAUGCCCUUUUAUUCUUUCCACCUUCCUGCUGCUUUCCAGCCAUCCUAUAAGUCCUGGAUCUGAGUGAAGCCACACAUAGCCCAGGUACCAGUUUAAGGAGUUUUGUGAGCUACCAUAAAUAGCUGAAGUCCACCGACCCCAUCAUACACUAAUCCUAAAACUGUCACUUCAAAUAAAGAACACUAGGAGCAGCUUAACAUUCUCCCCAGGCUGCCCCUUUUAACUUUUCUGGUCUAUGGGCUAAGGGCAGGCUGGGUACUGGGAGUGAACUCGUACUCCCUCUGGUGGCCACAAGGGGCCCUUAAGCGGCAGAGGAUACAAUCUCCCCGCCCCUUGCAGCGCGAGCCAAUAAAAGCCCGAUCCCCCCCCCCCGCCCCCCCCCCCGCAACCGUCUUCUUUUCCGCGAGUAUUUAGAAGUCGACCAGGAAAGCACUAGGCGAAAGCAAGGGGAGACGGAGAGAGCUGACUGCGGUGCAGCUCCACCGUACAAACAGGACUGGUGAGCAGGAGCGUCCAGUCGAGCCGGGCAAAGCCUGCACUGUGCCUCCCUGGCCGUGGACCAUCCAGUACCACGUUCGCUGAACCAGAGCAAGAGUGGGUGAGUCCUGGAGCUGCGACCUGCACAGGCUGCCCUUAUUCUUGGUGGUCGCCGCCAUGGCCUGGCUGGUGCUGCAGGGCGCCCUGCUGUGCAUGCUGCGUGUCGCGUUAGGCACCCCCGACUCUGAGGACUUUAUGCCCGCUGUGCCCCACAACUGCCCCCGCAAAUGCGUCUGUGCUGCCGACCUUCUGAGCUGUGCAGGCCUGGGGUUGCAGAAUGUGCCGGCUGAAUUACCUGCCGCUGCUGCUGAACUCGACCUGAGUCACAACGCACUCCAGCGCCUGCGCCCCAGCUGGCUGGCGCCCCUCUCCCGACUGCGUGCCCUGCACCUAGGCCACAACGAGUUGGACGCGCUGGGUCACGGAGUCUUCACCAAUGCCAGCGGCCUGAAACUGCUUGAUCUAUCAUCUAACGCAUUGCGGACCCUUGGCCGCCACGACCUUGAUGGGCUUGAGGCACUGGAGAUGCUGCUUCUGUUCAAUAACCGCCUGGCACACUUGGAUGAGCACACCUUCCAAGGUCUGAGUGCACUUAGCCACCUCUAUCUGGGCUGCAACGAACUCAUGACCUUCUCUUUUGACCACCUGCAUGGUCUGGGUGCAACCCACUUGCGCACCCUGGACCUCUCCUCUAACCAGCUGGGACACAUCUCUGUCCCCGAGCUGGCCGUACUGCCGGUCUUUCUCAAGAAUGGUCUCUACUUGCACAAUAACCCGUUGCCCUGCAACUGCCGCCUCUACCACCUGCUGCAGCGCUGGCACCAGCGGGGCCUAAGUGCUGUUCGGGACUUUGCACGUGAGUACACGUGCCUGGUCUUUAAGGUACCUACAUCCCGCGUGCGCUUCUUUGAGCACAGCCGAGUCUUUGAGAACUGCUCAGCUGCCCCAGCUACUGGCCUAGAGCGGCCUGAAGAGCAGCUGCAUGCACAGGUGGGUCGGUCCCUGAGGCUCUACUGCAAUACCAGUGCCCCAGCUGUGCACAUUGCCUGGGUUUCACCUAAGCACGAGCUGCUUGUGGCACCAGGGUCCCGAGAUGGCAGCAUUGCAGUGCUGGCGGAUGGCAGCUUAGCCAUAGGCAAAGUGCAGGAGCAGCAUGCAGGUGUCUUCGUGUGCCUGGCCACUGGGCCCAGCCUGCACCACAACCAGACACUUGAGUACAAUGUGAGCGUGCACUUCCCACACCCGGAGCCUGAGACUUUCAACACAGGCUUCACCACACUGCUGGGCUGUGCUGUGGGCCUGGUGCUGGUGCUGCUGUACUUGUUUGCACCACCCUGCCGUGGUUGCUGCCGCUGCUGUCGCCAAGCCUGUCGAAGUCGCUGCUGGUCCCGGGCACCCAGCUCGCUCCAGGAGCUGAGUGCACAGUCCUCGGUGCUCAGUGCCACGCCACCAGAUGCACCUAGCCGCAAGGCCAGUGUCCACAAGCACGUGGUCUUCCUGGAGCCGGGCAGGAGAGGCCUCAACGGGCGUGUGCAGCUGGCAGUAGCUGAGGACUUCAAUCUGAGCAAUACUGUGGGCCUGCGGUUCACAGCUGGCUCUGAAUCUGCUAGCUCUACAGGCUCGGAGGGUCUCAUGAUGACCUAGGCUGCCCAGUGCCCCCACUCAGGCCAUGACCCUCCUGCUGCUUGCCCUGCUCCCUGUUACCAUCCAGAGAACUGCCAGGUAUUAGUGGGAAGAACUGUACCUGAUCUCCCAGCUUCCUUUGUGGGCCCUGACUUGAACCACAAUGUCCCUAUUCACAGGUAGAAGAGUUGGGGUCUCAUUUGCCUCCUGCUUUGCCUAGCAAAGGACCCCCAAGGUCCCAGAUCCUAGCAGAACCUGUUAGUGCCUGCUUUCCCUAAGACCACCUAAUGCUCUAAUGUCCCCUAAAGAUGGAGGACGAAGCCCAUCUGGAAGAGCUCUUACAUUAGAGCCCUAGAACCACCUUCAGUGGCUGAGGCAGAUAUGAAGGAGUGGUACAGAAUAGUCAAAGCUUACCACCUUCCCCUUUCCAUGCCUGGGGCAGGGGUCCCACAGGGGAAAUGGUGGAGAGGUCAGCUCCAGUCCACACUCCAGGAGGGAAGGAGGAAACAUCCUCCCUUUGAUGGCACAGCUCUCCCCGCAUCUACCAGCUUUGCAACUACAUUUGCACAGUCUGGUGGGCAGGCAUUAAGAAGACCCCUGAGGGCCUGUCCUGAGCCACAGUGGCCCUGCUCUCUCUAGUCAGGGACAUCUAGCAGUCAUUCUGAAGGCAAAGUCCAUUCCAUGGGCUCACAGCACAGCACAGCACUAAAAAGCCUGGCAAGCAAGGCCAAGCUGAGAGAGCCCAAAUGGAACUCGAUGUCACUCAAGGGCAGGAACCUCUUAAAGGUUGGCACUGUUCUCAGCCUAAUGGCUUGAGGCAGUGCCCUGGCUGCAUAUGCAUCUCACCACUCCCACUAAAGAGAGGCAGGGAAGGGGUUCUGGGAGCCCCUCAGGUGUGGGGGCUGAGUUGGGGGUCCCCAUGGCUGUCCUGGACCCUGCUGUUAUGAAAUUUUGUAAUAAAGGCAGUCCAUGCUCAUUGAGGCCUU